UGGGUUUGCUUGCGAAAGGUGUCCUUAUAUGGGUAGCACACAUAACAAUGUUCGCACCAAAUACCGGCCAUGCUCGUUGUUAGGAACUUUCUGUAGGCUAAAGCUAGGCCUUGACCAGGAAGGGUUCUAAUCUACAUGCGUUGAUAACUGGUUAACUAAAAUGAGCCAUACGAACGCGGCACAGCCUGGGGCGGCGGCUAUUGAUGAAGCCGUCGUCACAGAAUUUAUCGCACAGUACUACACGAGAAACCCGAAUGCUGCGCCAGGCAUCCCGUUCGGCACGCUUAAGUAUGCAUGCCGCGCUUUCCGACAUGUGCGGUUCUCAGAUAUAAAGGCUUGGUUCAGGUCGCGGCCUCAGCAGUACAUCGUCAUGGGCCAGCUGGUCGUGCCCUUCGGCUUAGUUGAAGAGAUGCGCUCAGCAGCUUCAGCAGCUCCAACCACAGCAGCUUGCACCAGCACAGCCUCCCAACCGCACCGCACCCCUCAGCCCCAGGCCCCCUUCCCACCGCAACCCCAGCUCCUCAUCCCACCCCACCUCCGCCUCCCCUCCGCCGCCGCAAACCCUGCCGUACAACCUGCCGUACCGGAUGCCGUACUCAACGCCCUCCUCGCGCCUCAGCCAGGCGCCCCGCUGGACCUAUACUGCAGCAUCUGCAAGGUACGGUGUACGUCAGAAGAGAACAUGCGGAGCCACUUGUACGGCAGCAGGCAUCGUACGGCAGUGGCGCGUGCGGAUGCGCACCAGCUGGAGGCGGCUGUGCUGCGGAGUGGGGGUGCGGCGGCGGGGUGCAGUCAUUGCGAGCUGUGCGGCAGAUGGUUCACCCGCCCCGACCAGCUGCGGGCCCACGUGGACUCCUCCCGCCACCGAGCCCGGGUGCUCUGGCUGCUGCUCCUGCAGCGCGACCCCAACCUCUCCUCCUCCUCCACCUCCACCUCCGCUCCCUCCUCCGCACCCGCCCCCAACCCCGACGGAGGCCCCAACGUCACCGUCUCCGCCCUGCCGCAGCCGCUACCCCCCGUACCCCCCGGUUCUACCGCCUCCCAUACCUUUCAAAUCACCAAUCACGGCCCGGGGGCAGUAAAGCUCCGCUCCGUGCGCUUCCUCACGCCUCCACCUCCACCCCCAACUCCACCCCCAGCCUCCUUCGGCAUGCCCCCACCUCCACCCAUCCCACCUCCCAUGCGCCUAGAAGACAACCACGGUGCCUCCGCGCAGCCGCUGCAGCAAGUGGUUUGGUUGCCUGAGGGGGCAACCUACCAGGUGCGCUUAAUCCUGGCCCCCAGAGCGCUAGGCCUCAUGAGGAACGUGGUAAUCUUCGAUUUCGGCCCCGCCAAGGCGGUUGCGAGGGCGGUAGCUGCAUCCUGCUGCCCGCCCGACAUGCCGCCUCCGCCGGCUCCGGGGGAGAAGCCAGCGGGCGGUACGGAGGUUGUACGGAAGAGCAGGAAGGCGGCGCUGCUAGAUGAUGUUGUACGGCCGGAGGAUGUCGUACCCGGGGUGCCGCCGCCUGGGUAUAAGCAGUCGGUGGCGGCGGCGGUGCCUGUACGGCGCUUGCCGCCGCCGGAGGAUUUGAGGCGGCUGGUGGCGAGGGGGGCGUGGGCGGAGGUACGGAAGCGGGUGCCUCCGCUGAAGGAGGUGAAGAGUUUGAAGCAAUAUGCGGAGAGGCUGCGUGUGCUGCUGUGGCUAGAGGAGCUGCAGCACGAGGUGGAUGUCCGCAUGUACGACAUGAAGGGAGUGAGCUUGACGGGGAAGAGGGGCUGUGAGCUGCUGGAGCUUCAGGUUCCCGGCCUGGCUGAGAACCGGCCCAGUGUGCUCAAGGGCGAUCGGCUGCUGCUGACGCCCACUGGGGCGGGCUCGGGGGGCAAGACGUGGGAGGGUUACGUGCACAGGGUGGAGAAGGAGCAGGUGCUGCUGCGCUUCUCCGACCGCUUCAUCCAGGAUGGCGUGUGGCUGGCGGGCCGCAAGUUCGAUGUGCGCUUCACCGUCAAUCGCUCAGCAUUCAACCUCAUGCAGAACGCACUGCUGCGAGCCGAGUCCCCCGGCCUGCUGCCGCCCCACCUCGUCCUCCCCGGCACCCCUGUAGCCCCCCUGCCGCGGCCGCCGCCCGCGCCGCUGCCGCUGCAGGAGCCGCCCCGGGGUGACCCACGGGUCGGUGGGUCGGCCGGGCCGCUGCAGUGGUCGCCGCGUGUCGCGCUGAAGGCUUUGAAUGAUGAGCAGAAGUUGGCGGUGCGGGAGGUGGUGAGGGGGGCGCAUCACCCGCUGCCGUACCUCAUUUUCGGGCCGCCGGGAACGGGCAAAACCACCACGCUGGUGGAGGCUGCCUUGCAGCUCCUGCGCACCAACCCCGCCCACCGUCUGCUCGCCGUGGCGCCCUCCAACUCCGCCGCCGACAAGCUCAUGGAGGACAUCUCCGCGAUCGCGCAGCUCAACACCGGCCAGAUCAUGCGCCUGGUGGCCUUCAGCCGCCCCCUGGAGGACCUCCCCCUCGACCUGCAGCGCAAGGCUACCAGCGAGGGCAUGAAGCCCUGGGCAGCGGGACGAACGGUGAACUGGGAUGAGAGGGAAAAGGCGUUCCUGGUGCCCCCCGUUGGCGUGCUGUCGGCGCCCGGGCUGCGAGUGGUGGUGGCGACGUGCGCCAUGGCGGCGAGGCUGCACCACGCGGGUCUCCCCCCCGGCCGCUUCUCCCACAUCCUGGUGGACGAGGCGGGGCACGCGGAGGAGCCGCUGCAGCUGUGCGCGCUGGCGGGGCUGGCGGGGCGGGACACGCGGGUGGUGCUGGCGGGCGACCCCAAGCAGCUGGGUCCCAUCAUCCUGUCGCAGCCCGCGCGCCUGUUCGGCGGCCUGGACGUCAG